UCAAAUAAGUGCUAUAGAUUUUAUUAUUUUAGAUUUUAUUUAUACAUUAAUCCGGUCCUCACUUUAUCAGAGAGGCGUUGAGGGUUAAACCAGCGGAAAGUAACUUAGUAAAAUGACUUAUUUAGGACAUUAUAUUAUAUUAUAACAAGAUCCCAUUAUUUUACAUUCUUCCCAGCAGAAUGUAGACUAAUGGUAAUUAGCUCCACCACUUUUUUACCCUUAACCGAUAAUAAAACCAGACAAAAAACAAAAGGAAAUAUUUGGGAUUUAAAAACAAAUACUUUCUUUACAUCUUAUUGUCUUACCGUCUUUGUAAACUUAUUUGGUCAAAAACAGAUAACACAAAAACAUACUCAAUUAGGAUUUCCUUUUUUUGCAGUUCAAAGCCAUGUCUUGUAGUUCAAACAUAACAGUGAGGUAAUUGUAUUAUGCAAAUUAGUUGAACUUGUUUAACAGUGCCAUGGUUCCAGAUUCUGUGAUGUCACAAUAAAAGACUCUAGAAUGUGGCCGUGAGGAACUCUGAGCCUUUACAGCUGUCAAACCUGUCACAAACCCCCUGACCACCUACAUUGGAGCAGAAGGGAUGGCCGAAGAAGGAACAGCUUCCGCCAAAUCAAAUUCUGACCGAGGUGAGGCGGAGAAGAGGGUGCGUGAGAUGGCCUCCUCAGCGAUGAAAGGACUCCUCCAGAGGAAGGAACUGUGCGACGUGAUGAUCAAGGUCGGGGGCGCCGCAUUCGACGCCCACAAGAUCAUUCUGUGCAGCUCCAGCGAGUACUUCAGCACUCUCUUCACCGGUGCCUGGGCCGUCGCAAAACAAAAGUUGUACAAUAUCCCCGGGGUGUCGCCCGCGAUGAUGCGCCUCAUCAUUGAUUACGCCUACACUCAGGAUGUUAAUGUGACCCAGGACAACGUGUUGGAGGUUUUGGCAGCAGCAGACCAGUUCUUGGUCUCCGGGAUUGUUCAGAGGUGCUGCUUUUUCCUGGAGGACCAGCUGUGCUUGUGGAACUGCAUCGGCAUCUGGAGGCUGAUGCACUUCUACCACUUGCCUGAGCUGAGACACAAGGUCUUCCUCUUCAUCCUGCAACACUUUGAUAGGAUCAUCGCUGUCUCGCAGGACAUCCUGGAGCUCUCCGUGGAGCAGCUGACGGCCAUCAUUGAGAAUGACCACCUCAAUGUGAGACGAGAAAGCACAGUGUUUGAGACCAUCCUCCGGUGGAUCUCCCACCAGCCAGACCAAAGAGGGGGUCGAAUCUCUGAGCUGUUUUCCAAGGUGCGGCUCGGCUUGAUGACCGCCGACUACCUGCAGCACAAUGUGAAGGAGAGCGCUCUGAUAAAGGACAGCGUCAAAUGCGACGCCGCCGUGACAAAAUUCAUAGACCUCCGUUGCAGAUCCUUGAAACCCGAUUACAGCAACCGGCUGAGCCGCCCACGGCUGCCGUCCUCCAUCCUGCUGGUCACCGGGGGCAGGAACGGCGCAAUAGCCGUCACCGGCCUGGACGCCUACGAUGUCCGGACCGACUGCUGGGUCCCGAUACGCGCCGGUGAGAUGCGCCGCGUCCACCACGGCGCCGCCCUCCUCAACGGCUUCAUGUACGUAAUCGGCGGCAGCGACAGAGAGAUCAACCUGAACACCGUGGAGAAGUUCGACUUCGUCACCCGCGCGUGGCACCCGGUGAUGGCCAUGAACCACUCCCGCUGCCAUGUCUGCGUCGCCGUGCAGAACGGGUGUAUUUACGCGUUCGGAGGCUUCAGCGGACACUCUUACUACAGCUCCGUCGAGCGCUACUCGCCCGAGGCCGACCAGUGGACCAUGGUGGCGCCCAUGCGUUCCAAGAGGUGUAGCGCCAGUGCUACGACUCUUAAUGGCAAGGUGUAUGUUUGUGGAGGUUACAACGGGCAUCGGAGCCUCACCGCGGCCGAAUGCUACGACCCGAACACCAACCAGUGGACCGUGAUCGCCAACAUGAGGAGCAACCGCAGCGGUCUAAGGAUCGCUGCCUACAAAGGCCGCAUCUAUGCAAUGGGCGGCACCAAUAGCAGAAAUACCCACUUGUGCACCGUCGAGGCCUACAACCCUGACACCGACCGGUGGAGAACCGCACCGUCCAUGUGCUGUGCCCGCAGCUUCUUCGGCCUUGAGGUGAUGGAGGAGCAACUCAUUGUGGUCGGAGGAUUUGACGGCACCGCAGCGAUGUUAACCGUGGAGCGCUAUUACGACGAGGUUGGCAUGUGGUUACGUGCCUCUGACAUGGAGACGCCCCGCAGCGGCCAGAGCUGCUGCGUGCUGCACGGACUCCGCGGCAUGGUGGAGGACCUGUUUUCUUCCGGUUCCCCUACGUCGCCCACUGUGGAGGAAACAGAGGGUGGAUCUACGUAAUCCGGGCACGUGUCAAAAUGGGUCACCCUCAAAUAAAAUUGAAAGGGAUUUCAUUUUUAAUUUCAAAAGAUGAUGUUUUUAUUAUACAAAAUCAUUAUAUUGUUGUAUAGACUGCGUUUAUCACGUGUGUGUAUAUAUAUAUAUAUAUAUAUUCACACAAACGGAGCAUCCAUUAAGGCUCAAGGUGUACACGGGUAC